AUGGCUCAAGGUCAAGUACAUUCGGUCCUUUUCGAAGGAUCUGAAGUAUAUGAUUAUGGUGGACAAGAAAAUCUUCAGUUUUAUACUACAUCAUAUGGAGAUCCAUCUAAUACGUAUGCAUCAAAUCCUCAAACUUAUUACCCUUCACAAACUCAAUCUUAUCCACCUCCACCACAUUCUUCUUCUUCCGGAUUUCACCAUGACGGAAGUACGGGAAGUUUUUGGAGUGCUUUUGGUACAGGGGGAUUUGCUGACGAACUACCGUUACUAGAAGCAGUUUUAAAUCCACUAAAAAGUGUUGAUAAAAAUAUAAUGGAUGACACAGAUUUAGCUGGUCCCCUUUUAUUUUGUUUAAUAUUCGGGACAGGAAAAAUUCAUUUUGGAUAUAUUUACGGAGUGGCUUUACUUGGGUGGUUUUCUAUUUAUAUGAUAUUAGAUCUUAUGAGUGAAUCAGGAGUUGAUGGUUAUCGAACGGCUAGUGUAUUGGGAUAUUGUUUAUUACCAUUAGUAUUACUUAGUUGUAUCGGUGUAAUGGUUCCAUUAAGUGGACCGUUUGGACUUAUCGCUUCAGCUUUGGCAAUUAGUUGGUGUACAUAUUCUUCAUCUACAAUGUUUGUAACCGUAUUACAAAUGUCUGAACAACGUAUAUUAGUUGCAUAUCCUGUUGGAAUGUUAUACUUUUAA